UUCCAGUUUAUUUGCAAGACAAUCAAUUUGAGCUGCGCCUCCGGCAGGAUAUCAAUUAAUUUGUAUUUCAAACGGGGAAAAUACAGAAAUUAACAUCCGGAUUGUGGCGGCAUCUGAUAAUAAGGGCACGAUAUCAACCGGUCUGUUUCUUUGUUUGACUUAAUUGAAUGGGAGAGAGUUAUUCACCUCGAACGUUUUGGAAAGGACUUUUUUAAUCAUAGUAAUUCAGUUUUUUUAGUUGUUGUGGCGGUUCUGGUGGUAACAUUACGAGACGCCUGGAAGGCCGUGUUCAUGUUUAGACGUGACUAUGAUAGAGAGGGUCGAUGUCAAAGGCGGCAUUUAGGGACUAUAUAGGAGCAAAAGCGCUCCUCAAACCCAGCAGUACGGUAUAGAUCCACGGUCCCACCUAAAGUGGUCAAGCCUACGCGUUCGCCCUCUGCCCCCCUCCCCUCCCCACUCGAAAACGUCCCUUGCUGUCGGCCACAUUUACGGAUGGCUGGGUUGCAAAACGAUGGCGAAGUUCACGGUAUGUCGAUUAAAAUCUGACCUUCAUUUGUCUCUGGAAAAAAUAACCUCGUGAAGGUAGUUUCUUACUCUAAUGGCAAAGUGGAACAAAAUCGUCGUAAGAGUCUUUCGUUUGUCGCACGUUCUUCACAAAUGAGGAAUUUCUGGGUUCCGCUGUCACAUUUAAACCUGAUAUUUGGCGCAGCCCGAGAAUGAGUGAAGAUCUCAGGGGCGAUUCCUUUUCGGAAACUCGGAUUUCUUUCUUUGUUCCAAACUUACGAUGAGUGAUAAACAUCUUUAAGAUACCCCCAACUUAUAUACCAUUUUUUUCUCGCAUUGGUGGUGGUCUUGAGGGAAGUUUAAGCAGCACGGUCCCUGGAGUAAUAGAGAGGAUAAUGUUUUCUGUGUAGUUCCGCCCCCUCAGUUCCAUGGCGCCGCUCGGCUGCUUAAAGAUUGCAAAGACAAGUCAGCUGAUGUGAGAGACAUUACCAAGCUCCACGCCAUGUCUAUAUUGGUAUCGGCUUUUUGCUCCACAAACAAAAUUUUCAUUUUUGUUCUUUUGUGUUUGUCGUAAUUUUUUUCUCUGCAUUAAACAAUGGAAAUUAAAGUAUCUCUGCAACAUCUACUGUGGAGAUAAACACCGUUAUCGAUAUACUUAUUCUCGAAGCUAUGAAUUUUUCGUGUGAGGAUUAUUAAAUGUAACUGAAAAUGUUAGAUCUAGCGGCUACUAGACAGUGAUUUAUUCACAAAGUCAGUGGCGUGUUGGUCUUCCAAUUUCUUUCUCAUGCAGUAAACACUUCAAAAUGGCAAAAAAAAUAAGAGCAAAUUUCCUCGAGGGUAUAUCAUAAAGGCCUUUUGAAAUGCUUUGAGAAGUUGGUGGAAACUAGCUCCUUAAAAGUAAGCUUCGAUGUAUGUCAUUUCAAACCACAAAUUUUACAAGUUUACUAAAUGUCAAUUAAUUUCCGUUGCAGAGCUCUUAAGCAGUCAGCUUUUCAAGUCAAUUAACCUGCAUAUCCGGAGGAAAACCCAUUAGACAACCUCUCGCCUCGACAACUAUGUUUUGUGAACGGCUUUUUGACGGUGUGAUAAUCAGAGGUGGGAAAUGAACGAGUCUGUACAACCCAGUAACCACUCAGAUGCAGCCGUGCAGCCCAGUUAUGGAAAUAUUUUGGCAGCUAUUUUGGGAAGUCUUCUGAUAAUCUGCACGUUAAUCGGGAAUUCUCUUGUGUGUAUCAGCUUUUAUUUGUUUAAGGAACUCAGAACUGUGUGUCAUUUUUUCGUCAUAAGUCUCAGUGCGGCGGACAUCUUGGUUGCUUUGGUAGCGAUGCCUUUCUGGUGUGCUUUGCAGGUCACUUCAAACCAAUGGUUGUUUAGUCAGGAGCUGAGAUAUUUUUGGAACUGUAUGGACAUUUUGUGCGGGACCGCUUCCAUUAUGAACCUUACAGCUGUUUCAAUCGACCGACAUGCGGCUAUUACAGAUCCCUUCUCCUACCAAAAUGUUAUGACUUCUGUGCGAGCAAUUGGCAUGAUCGUUUUUGUUUGGCUAUACUCCUUACUGGUCUCGGGACUGCGAUUAGCAAAUUGGCCCACUAAGUCAAGCUAUAUGCUUUUCAUCGCCCUUGCUAGUUUCUUCUUGCCUCUGUUUAUAAUGAUCAUCAUGUAUAUAAAGAUUUACCUCGUUGCAAGAAAACAAGUGCACCUUUUGAGAAGAGGCAGGAGCUAUGCAAAGGAUGUGAAAGCAGCUAAGACAAUCGCUCUUUUGAUUGGUUUGUUCGUCGUUUGUUGGGGACCGUUUUUCGCCAUCAUUCUUUGCUUUGCUUACGAUCAGUCAUGUCCAGUUCCAAGCACACUGUUUAACAUUAUCAAGUGGAUGGAAUACACAAGUUCAUGCCUGAAUCCAAUUAUUUACACGUUCCUUAAUCGCAGUUAUAGAAGAGCGUUUCGCAAACUUUGCAAGCUUGUACACAGAAGUCGUCACCAAUCCGAUUCAUCAUCUAGUGUAGGAUCUCAGCUAAGAGACGGAGGCUCGUUUACUGGAAGCCAUCAGGCCUCGGACAAUUUUGUGGAUCAAAGGCGCAAGCGAACUGGUUCCAACAUUGGCGCCUGUUUGGGACCCAGCAAAGAUUCAACAAUCUAGUCAAAAUUAUUUUAUCAAAAUGAGAACAAUUUCUGCGCACAACAUAAUUCUCUUGUUUGAUAAACCGAUGGCCAAUAAAAAGGUUUAGAAAGAUACAAAAUUACCUGCCUUGAGGACUCCGAUGCUAAACGCGUGUACUUUAAUUUU